UUUGCUGCUGCAGCUUUAUUUGACUUUAGACUCGCUGCUCGGACUCGUGAGGAAGGAGGGAAGCUGCAACUUCUCAGUGUAUUUUUACAGUUUGUGUUGAUAUUUGCCAGCAACGCGGAUUGAGGAUAAGUGUGAAUACUUAAACGCGUUUUAAGAAGAAAACGGUGCCAAGCAUGUGACUUAGUGGCAUCGUUUCAGUGUUGGCCGCGCACCAAGUCAGUCAGCAGAAAGAGGAGCCUUGCACUCGUCAGCUGCUGCAGGAAAAAGUCCUUCCAAUGUCUUUAGUAGAGGAUGUCCUGGACGUGCUGUGCAUGGUCCUGGAGUAUUUCGGAGUGCCUCCGGACAUGCUGGUUCCAGUGUGGGACAGUCAACUGUGCGGACAGUAUCGCAGUAUUGUGCGAAUGAUUGGUACAAAUCUCCCCCUGACGCCUGCACCACGUGUCAACUUUCAGGUCCCUCUGAUCAGCUACAAAACACAUGGACAUGUUGACGUCACCGUGGACACACCAGCCAUUCCCUCAUUUGCUGAUGUUCUGUGGGUGUUUGAGGACGAGGGGGAAAGCUUUGCCAAAACCAGGAACCAUUUACCUCCAAAGACGAGAAACACUGUAAACCAAGACGUGAUGAUGAAGAGGUACCCAAGACCGGCACCGAAUCGAGCUGGCACUGGUGGGGGAUCUGUACGACAGGCGGUGAACCCAGACGCACUGAAGAAGAUCAGUGCACUGGAGAAUGAGCUGCUCAAACUACGGGCUCAGAUAGCCAUGAUUGUCACUGACGGCCCAGCCUCAGGGUUGACCGCGUCCCAUGAUGCUCCAGCUUCUCCUCUGUCACGUCCACCUCUUCCAGCUUUCACCUCCACACCUCAUAGUGCUGCUGCUCCGCCUCCACCACCACCACCUCCACCACCACUUCCACCCUCUCCAUGCCUUAGCUCGUCCACCGAGACUUCAUCUGUGCUGCAGCUGAUCCGACAGCGAAAGAACGAAAAAGGUCUCGAUAAGGGUCAGCUCAGGCCCCAGGAGGGUACAGAAAAGAAAGGGAUGCCUUCCAUGUUGGAUGUCUUGAAGGACUUGAAUCAAGUGAAACUGCGGUCAGUGGAGAGAUCACCAGGAGGCACGCCGGUGAUGAGGAGGCGCAGUAAAGGAGGUGGAGCAUCGCUUAAUGACCCAGCAGCCCUCAUCGCAGAAGCACUAAAGAGAAAGUUCGCCCACCAUCGCCAUAACAUUUCCUCAGACAAAGAGAAUUCACUAGAAGUCUCACCUUUCGGCAGUCCAGAAACACCCAUGGUUCCUCAUCGCAGGCGCAGUAAGGGACGCCGGCACCUCUGAUCCCGUAAAACAGUGACCCCUGACUUCAUCUCGGGUCAUCACAAACCGCUGCAGCUACUGACUCACAUUUCUAUUUUGUCUGCCUUCUCUUUGCUUUUUUACUGUGAAAUGUCUUGUUGUUUUGUUGGGAUUUUGAAUGUAUGAUUUUGUUGCUUUAAAUGCUUUUGUACACUCGUUUUGAUUCUGUCUCUCUGUUUUAAGUGUUAAUCACAGGGCUGUGUUUGUUUGCACAUCUUGAACACGUUCGAAGAAAAUAAUGUAUUGAGGCAAGAGUGCACUGUAGCUUAUAUAGUCACUUGUCAGUUCAUUAGGUACACUAGUGAAAACUGUUACAUUCUAAUUUAACAGUUUUCAGUGUUAGUUUAAAAUAACUGAGAGAGCUGUUGAUUCCACUGGGUUUUCAUCUUUAUAGGUUGUGAUUGAUGGUAUUAUAGUGUUAUGUUGUACCGACACACUGUUCCUAUUAUUCUGUUCUCACAACCCUACAUUUGUCAGUGGGCUAAACUACAUAACUGAAACGAAGUGUUGAAUUCAGUCCAGUUUAACAGCAUCACAUCCUCCAAAAAAAGAUCAUACAAGUGAAGUACCAUCUUUCUGACACCAUUUCAACAUCAACUAAACAUAACAGUCAUCAAAGGGGAUCAUAGUGCAGUCAUAGUGCAGGGCUGUUAUAUUGGGAUGCUUUAUUUUUCACUUGUGUACCUAAUGUUUUGGCUGUGAGUAUAGAUACCUGUCUUAAUGCUUGUAAAAUCAUUUUGGGAGAGGUUAAGUCGUACCUAAACAGUCGAACCCAAACAGUGGGUUUUGAGAUUCUAUGCAACAUCUUUUUUAGUUGUUUUGUUUUAUUAAAAAGUUCAAUUGCACUGA